AUGGGCGGCCUCGGUGAAGGUUUCACCACAGUCCCAUAUGUUUCCGGGCUUGCAGACGCGCUUGAAGACUGGAGUGUGGUUGAAGUUUUGACCACUUCGUCAUACUACGGCUGGGGCAUGGGGAGCCUAAAGCGGGAUGUCGAGGAGCUUUCUCAAGCCGUGGCUUACAUCAAGCAAAUUCGCCCCCACGGACGUGUGGUUCUGCUGGGUCACUCCACAGGCAGCCAAGACGCCAUUGAGUACAUUUCAAAACCCGCCGCAGGCGCCCCAGACCUCGAUGGUGCGAUCUUCCAAGCCCCAGUUAGCGACAGGGAAGCAAUGCGCUAUCUUAUGGGAGAUGAAUCGUAUUAUGAGGCCCUCGAUUUUGUUACGAAAUGGGUUGCGGAAGGCUUGGGCGAGGAAAUAAUCCCAAUCAAGUAUCGUGGGCCAUUUGCAGCUUACCCUAUCACUGCUCGUCGAUGGUACAGUUUGCUUGUUCCAUUAGGUCCCGAUGGUAUCCCACGAGGUGAUGACGAUUAUUGGUCCUCAGAUAUCAGUGAGGAUGUUGUGAGGUCCGUGUAUGAAAGAGUCACAGCUGAAACAAAACUACUCUACCUGUUCUCGGGAGACGAUGAGUAUAUGUCAAGCAGUCUCGAUAAAGAAGCGUUGCUUCAAAAGUGGUACCGUGCUGCAGCUGCAGCUGGAGUAACUGUGGAUACGGAGAACAGUGGAACAGUGGCUAAAGCAAACCAUCGGUACGAGGAUGUACCCGAGGGGGUAACUCAAGACCUUUAUGGAAGAGUGAAGAGAUUCUUGGAGGGGUUAGGUAGCGAUUUAAAAUAA